AUGCUGUCGGAAUUAAGCAUGUGCGCCGGAGCGCAAAGUCAGCGGUUGGAAGCUAUGGAGCAAAGUUCAGUGCUUGUGGUUGGUCUAAGUGGUGCUUAUCAUCUCAGUCCAGGCUGUCGCAUGGAUUCGGAGUACUUCAUGUCUACCGCGACCGAUGCCAACGCGAAACCGACUGUGCCUAUCGUUCUGCAGCCCAAACUGAAACCCACAGAGGAAAGAGACGCCAUUCAUGGCAUGCAAGCCACAAAAGAUGGUCUGCAAGUCUUUCUUAAACGAAAUCGGGAUGGUGACGAGGAGGUAAGUGCAGUGAAGUAA